AUGAUUUAUAACAAGAAACGAGUCAUAAUUGUUGCCCUUAUCUUCGCAUCUGCUCCGGCAUGGAUGGUUUUUGUCUACUUCACUACCACUUUCCAAAAUCAGGAACGCCCAUCAGAGCUACAAAAUGCGCCUACCUUGGCAAAUACUGCCCCUAUAGUCCUUAUGGCCCCAGUAAAAAAUCAAACAGAAAUCAACGACACAGAUGACUUAGAUAUAGACGAAACUCUCCAUCAACUGAUUGAUUUUAAAGACUUGGGGAAGAAUAAGAGAGUAGUAUUGCUAUUGAUCAUCGUUUCCACUGCACCAGCAAGAUUUGAAAGAAGACAGGCAAUAAGAGAAACCUGGUGGAAACAUUGUUCUGGCAAUCAGACUCAGGUAGGCAGGCAAGAUAGGUUCUUUGUCGCCAGUUAUCUCACGAUCUCACGAUGACGUUUCUUUCAGUAAUAUCAUUGAUGAAGAAUUACUCCUUAAUUUGUAUAGUUAACAGCAUGAUUUGUGGUACGAAAUUUGAGACAAUUUUGAAAUAUCCUAAGUGGUAUUUAUGCUACAUAUCACGUACAAAUCAUGCUAUUAUUUGUUUAUACUACUACCCACAAAAGCCUAAAGGCUCGGGAAAUUAUUAGGAUUUGGACAAAACGCAAGUGAAAUUAUUCCCUAAUUUCACGAGUAUACCACUUGAUUACCAUUUAAUAUCAUGGAUGACGAAUUACGUUGGCAAUCUUGGAUUUUUGACAUGUUUAUCCUGGAUCGUAUCGAUCGAGGACUCCACUCUCUCAAAUGUUUAGACCUUAAAUUUGGCUUAUAAAGUUCAGAAUUUUUCAGUCUUUUUCGGCAAAAUACCUGUUAGAAUCCUUCUUGAGUUCUCUUGUGUGUUCAGGUUUCCUAAAGCGUCUUUAAUUUUUGUGCCCUGACAUCUUCAUUCACCGCAUUUUAAAACUUCGUCGCCAUCUUGACACUGAGACGUACAGAAGGGCUGCCAUGGCAAUUUCUGGACGCUUGGUUACACUAAUCGGAUAGGUAAAUAUGUGGCGCGAUAUUGCUUUGUUUUUCAGGGGUUUUUUGUUGCAUUCAGGGUUAAUGCGACUGAGCUCUACAAAAUUACCCGUGACAAGCCCAUGACUGGCAAUGAUUUAUAACAAGAAACGAGUCGGCAAAAUACCUGUGAAACGCAAAUGAAAUUAUUCCCUAAUUUCACGAGUAUACCAUUACACAAACUUAUUCACAGCGAAAUUUUCUACCAACGACAAAGACGUCGGCAAAAAGCAAAAAUCAACGGGUUUAGAUUAGCAAAACAACAUCUUUGCACGAGCAACACCCUUUGUUUUUUGCACUUUCUUUAUUGUCGUUCAACGACCUCGACGUCAAAUUCCUUAUUUCCCCUUUUACACCGAGGACGUGAACAAAAGACACCGACUCUGAACUUGGAUACAGUCCUUUUGGAAUAAACCUUCAGAGAAAUUCGCCAAAAUUGGACAAUUAAGGUGGCUCGAUACAGUUUUUCAGAGUCAAUACCUCCCAAGUUUGAGCAUAAACUACGUCGCCAUAACCAAAGAUUUGGAAAAAUUGCCACCACGGUUGUGUUAGAUAAAGCACAGGUAACCCAGGCUCUGUGAUAGUACCACAGUAUGGUUCUAGUAAAAUUACAGUGUUUGUAUGGGGUAAAAAUAUGAUCCUAAAAUUUGUAGGAAAUACUUAAUAUAAGUCAAUGAAACUUACCCUGCAGUUAGUUGUUGUUGUCCUUAUUGCUCCAAUGAAGUUUCGUGAUAAUUUGUUCAAAUUUUAGGAUCGUUUUUUCACCCAAUACAAACACUGUAAUUUUACUAGAAUCGUACUGUGGUACUAUCACAGAGCCUGGGUUACCUGUGGAUAAAGAUGAAAAUUUGUUGUGAUCAGGGUUGUAACGACAUCGGAGUUGUCACAGCAACGAAAUGACGCUAUUACCUAUUUUACUUGCAGCAAUAUAUCUCGGCCGCUGGGAACUGUUCUUCCAAAAUCGUUCACGGUAGCUUUUUCCUCCAAUAGCGGCCUCGAUGUUCGUCAAGUUUAAGCCAAAUCUGUAAAAGCGUUAUCGAGACUAUUAUGGGAUGAAGUCUUUAUGGCUAGAAACACAGUUAAAAAUGGACAACAUGUUUGGCCGUUAUCUGUACAAAACAAAGCGCUUUAGACAUGCAAUUUUACCUCAUAGUAGUUUCAACCUUUUUAAAAACGUGUGUGAAAGAUCAUGGAGAUAACUCCAGCCGAUUGCUAGAAAGAAGGAUGUGAUGACUAUGUAUGAAACGCUCUUGUUGGCGGUUUUGUAAACAUUUAGGUCUUCUAUAACAAAUUAGCGAAUAAUUUUUAAACCGCUCGAUAGAUUUUUUUAAAAAAAUUGAAGAUUCUUUAGAUUAAUGUUCCUUUAAUAUGACCUUUUACCCUCAAGAUUAUUGAUAUAUUGUAAGGCAGUAAAAUAAGGGCUACAAUUCGUUUUUUUUUUUUGUUCCGGAAAAGCUCGAUGUGGGAUUUCUAUUCUAUGGACAUGAAGUGCUGCAAGUAGAGUGCGUGAUAGUCAAGUACAAAGCUACCCGUCUAAACAAAUACGUAACGCAGACGGGUAGUUACAGUUGCUUAUAGCAGUAGUCCAAGGUUAAAUCAUUGAUAUCUCAAGUAUUUACAAAGUGCAACGCGACUUCACAUCUUAACAACUGCGAAAAUCUAUCAAUUAAAUACAUACAACAAAGUGAAUCUAUUUAACCGUGGAGUCCCAGUAAGUGCGACAAUAUUCCGAGAAACGUAACGGCUCAAUACACCACAAACAGGAUUUCCCGCUAUAAUAUUUUCUCAUCAUACUCGGGGUAUUUACUUUAUCACGUAUAAUAACACGAAAAUUAAGGGCCUCGAUUCGGAGAAAAUUACAUCACUGCCAAACAUAGCCUCCCACGCAGGCGUUUUUAGGGGAGCUCGUUUUUCAUCCCUCCCCACAAACGCCUGGUCAGCCGGAAACAACAUUCCUUUCCCGUUGUUUUAUUUGCGUGGUAAGUGACCAAUAAACGGUUGUGCAAUAAAGUGUUGACAGGCUAAACACGACUAAAACGUGACCCUACAGUUACCGAUUUCCUUCUUUUCUUUCCUUCGUUAACGUUAUGAAGUGCAUGGAGUAUUCUAAAAUUUGAUUAAAUCUUAUUUUUGCCGCUCUGAAUCUAACAUUUAUUGGAGGUUAGAAAUUUUUUCCAUUAUUUCAUGCAGAUCGAGCAAUUAUCAGAUUACCUUGCGGUCAAGGUCAACUUUCCAGAAUUUGGAAAGUACGAUGUGACUUGCUAAGAAUGGGAAAGGAAUGUUGUCGUCGGUUGAGCAGGCGUUUGUGGGAAGGGAUGAGAGACGAGCUCCCCUAAAAACGCCUGCGUGGGAGGCUAUGCCAAACAGCGAAAACGUAAUCAAUUACAUGCGUCAUUUCAGUCAUCGCCAAAAAUAAACCACAUGCUCAUCACAAGACUCAUUUGCAUACAAUGAAAGUCGUCACCAUUCUUAUCCCCAGUUUCCACGGUCUCUACUAGGAACGCUUGGGAGCAUGGCGUCCUAACUGGUGUUACGCACAAACAAAGAAAAAGAAACGCCUGCAUUUUUAGUCUAGCUGUGCUAAAGCAAGCUCUACUAAAAAGCUCCUCAAUGAAUCAUUGGCGAAGGUAGUCUUGGUUAUAAAUAGAGAAAACAGAAUUUAAGGUCGUGAAUCUGCUUUUCCAGAAAACGUGUCGUUUCACCAUUUCAUGAUUUUUACCUCACCAAUGUAUGGAAUGUGUGAAAAGAGAGCUACACAACGGUAAGAAUACUAUUGACCGACAACAUACAGAGCAGGGGCAGCUGUAGUGUCAACUAUUACUAGUAAUACAUGUACUCUAGAGAACUGUUUCUUUCAAAUUUCGUCUUAUUCUCGUGCAUAUCUACGUACAAUUUAUGAAAAGACAAAGGUUCACGUUCCCCUGAGACCUCUAUUGGGAAAACAAAACACACAAGCCAAAGAGGUCUAUUAACGGGCCCGAAAAGCGGUUGUCGUUUACAUUAAAGCUCGAGGUUUCAGUAGGUUUACAGAUAAUAUGAUAAAACUAUCAGUAUAUAAUCUGAAUAUUUGAUUUCGGGCCCGUAAAGUUACCGGGACUUUCGAGAAACGGGCCCCAGGAGCAUAGUCCCUUGGAGUCUCGGUUCGGUCAAUCCUGGGCGGGUUUGUUCAAAGCAGGGUUAAGAUAACCCAGGAUUAGUGCGAAGUAUAAAUUCAAAUAUGAAAGCUUAAAAAUCAAAUUCAGUCUAAUUCAGUCUAAAAUUAUCCGGGAAAAUGCUUUGAACAAAAGAACAAGAAACCCAGAAUAAACCUUAAUCCUGAGUUAGGAUUAAUCGGCUUUCGAACAAGUGGGCCCUGGACUCUACCGUCAGCUGUGACGUCAUUUCGUCGCUAUUACUAGUAAUACAUGUACUCUAGAGAACUGUUUCUUUCAAAUUUCGUCUUAUUCUCGUGCAUAUCUACGCAUAAUUUAUGAAAAGACAAAGGUUCACGUUCCCCUGGGACCUCUGUUAGGAAAACAAAACACACAAGCGAAAGAGAUCUAUUAACGGGCCCAAAAAGCUAAGUUGUCGUUUACAUUAAAGAUCGAAGUUUCAGUAGGUUUAUAGAUAAUAUGAUAGAACUAUUCAGUAUCUCAUCUGAAUAUUUGAUUUCGGGCCCGUAAAGUUACUGGGACUUUCGAGAAACGAGCGCAAGUACGGCCUAGUCCGUAGGCGUUCUAGGCUUGGUCAAUCCUGGACUCUACCGUGUACUAUGACGUCACCGAGAGAGACUCGCUCGCUCUUUCCCGCGAACAACUGGGCCAGAUAGAACGCCUAGGGACUAAGUUGGGGCCCAAGGGCUUUUCUCUUGGACUUUUGGAGGGUCCCAUCCCAGAUUUCACGAGAAAAGCCCUGAAGAUGGCUCCCACGACACCCGGGACAUAAGGGCAGUUCUGGCCUCGUGGGUAUAACUUGAAUUUUUCUUUCUUCAGGUUGAAUGUGUCUUUGUGACUGAUGGACUCAUAACAGACCAAAUUCAACAUAACCUUAUUUUAAACGAAACGGAUAAAUACAAGGAUAUUAAGCUUCAGCCUCUUAAAGGAGGCCGUGGGCAGUUUGGAUUCCGCUUCCUUAACCAAAUCAAGUGGGCAGCGGCGAAAUUUAACUUUCAGUACCUACUUAGAAUUGAUGAUGACUACUUCUUGUGCCCAAAAAGGCUUCUUUUUGAGCUUCCAUUGAGACCGAAACAAAAUCUAGUCUGGGGAUUUUUCCACUGUCAAAUAGGAAUCACAUGGCUGGAUGAAGCAUUUAUGAUAUUCACUAAAGAUAUCAUUCAGGAGUUCUUAGCGCAGAACGAAAGCUCGAUGUUGUGUCAUCCACAUGCGGACCAACAAGUCAUGUUGUGGCUGAGCAGUAUUCUAAACAAAACUUACUUCCACGAUACCAGGUUACAUCAUCAUCCUCCAGCGUCACAUGUUCCUCGAUUUAGUCACAUCUCGAAUGUUUGUGACUCCCAUUUAGGCGCGCAUGGGGCAUAUGGCGAGACCAUGUAUUAUCUGGGGCUAAGAGCUAAUGACAGCGCUAAAGACGUUUCAGCUAUUCCUGAUUUUGCAAAAUUUUGUAAAACCACAAAGUUUGAUCACCGUGCAUUUCGUGGUAUGUGGCGAUAUGAACCCAGGCCCUGCAAAGAUAACCCAACGUGGAACUUGGGAAAUGAAAUGUGGUUUGGUAAGGAAGUUGGUCAAGGAUUGUAA